AUGAAAUUCUUAGUUCAAUAUGACUUUGGAUUCGAUGGGUUGCAAAGUGAAGUUUUGUGCCGAUUAUUAUUUCACUACUCAUCACGUGUACGCAUUUUUGAAAAACAAAAAGAAAAUAUUUUUGUGUAUACUAUAGCACAAUUAUUUUAUCGUAAACAAUUUAAUUCUGUAUUUCCCAAUUGGGAUCGUGAACUUUUUCUGUCGCAGAAUAAAGUAGUCACCAUAUGCAAGAAUUCCAUAAAGAGAAUAAAUUUGAUUUUAAAUAAAUUUCCGUUCGAUCGGCCAUCAUUAAUCAAUGCUGAAGAACAAAGUAUUGCUAGAAAUUUUUAUAAAUAUUUGAAUUCCAUUCUCCAAAGUAAUUCUUACAUUUUUGAAAACAAAAUAACACUCUAUCAUGAUGAUGAUUUGUAUGAUGUGGAUCUCGAAGAUACUGGACCAGAAGCAGCAGCAUUGGAACAGCCUAAUGAAUUAACUGAUAUUGCUUAUUUACCCAUUGAUGAACAUAAUUUGGAAAAGAGUUUUUUGCUCGAUUAUAUGAAACAUGCUGUAGAAUAUUUUGAUGAGAAAGGUCCACUCACUGGAUAG